UAGUGAGAGCUGAAGUUUUCAUAUUUUACUACAGAGUUCAGUGAAUAGAAAAAUAGAUUUUCGGUGCAUUGCGGGGGAAAAUGAAGUUGUGGUUAUGUGGCCUGGUUGUAGCAUUUGCUAUUUUCGUUCACGUUGAAACAUACUCGACCUUUGAAGGACAGAGUGAGCAUCACAUUCAUACUCGAGGCAUUGAUGAGGUAAACGUACCAUUCCACUCAUAUGUUCCGGGAUAUGAUGCAACAGCCGCCAUCAGUGACGAUGAGUCGAUGAAGGAUUUUGAGCCCUUUGACGUCGAACUGGAAGGUGAAUAUUUCUGGGAGUUAAUCUACCACAUUGAUAACACAGGUCAGAACAACCCGUACCAUGAAACACGUAAAGUUACCAAAACUGUAAAGACCAGCUACUCUGACCUCACGAAAUACGUCUUCGAUGCUUCACUUAAAAUCAGCCAAAGUAUGGAAGCAGGCGGAAAAUUUGAAAUUAUUUCCGCCACUGUGAAACACUCCAUGGACUUAGAACUGUCGGCAUCGUAUGAAAAAGUUGUUGAGACAAAGACCGAGAGUACAGUCACUGAAGAACUAACAAGAGAGUUUAAUGUCGGUGCCAAUUCUGUUGGUUCAAUGUAUAGGUUAAACUAUAAAGGGCCUGGUGUAUCAUAUGCAACUGGAACAAUUUCCUCAAACAACAGCAUGGAUCUGAGUAAAGUCAUCGUUAACUGUAGAGUGAAACGACUUCCGAUGCUCCAAGACAUUCGCGUGGUGUACACGAAGCAAAGUAUCGAAAGACCAGAAAAUGUGAUAACCGAUAGAUACGGAGGUAGUCCAGAUAUAAACAGCAAACACGAAGGAGACUACGUUUGGUUAGUUCCCGUUUGGACGACUAAAGCGUCUAAAGCUGUGACAGGUAUCCAAAUUGUCGUUCAAAACGAAGAGAACAAAAACUACAACGAUUUGGCACAGGGGGCUAAAGGGUUGUAUCGGUACUUAAAAAUGUUGCGAGACCCUAAUUCACACACUAAAAUCAAGAGAGUCGGACUCUUAAGGUCGUCAACUUUCAUCUAUGGUGAUCGACAGAAACACGGAUGGGACGAAUGCACACAAGACAUCAAUGUGGAUAGAAAAGGAGAUUGGCUACAUUUGUGCUGGAAUACUGUAUCGGUUUAAACGAAGCUUUUUCCCAUGACAGAGAUAUAUGUCAGCUAUUUUUGGUUAUAUAUUUUUGGAAUAAAUUUGGAAACUUAAACGCUA